AUGACUUCCGCACCCACAAUACAGCCCAAGUUCCUGCCAAACAGGCAUGACCUAGGCAUCGUCGCAGUCGGCUUCAGCGGCGGCCAGCCCAAAGCCGGCGUCGAUGCCGCCCCCAUGGCCCUCAUUGAAAACGGCCUCAUCAAGCAACUGGAAGAAGACCUGGAAUUCAAAGUCACCUACGACGGCCAAGUGCACAACUACACGGAGCUGCAACCCUCCGACGACCCAGACUACCGCGGCAUGAAGCGACCAAAGUUCGCCUCGGCAGUCACAAAGCAAGUCAGCGAUCAAGUCUACGCUCACGCCUCUUCGGGAAAAUUGGUGCUGACGCUCGGUGGUGACCACUCGAUUGCCAUCGGCACCGUUUCUGGUACCGCCAAGGCUGUAAGGGAGAGACUGGGCAAGGACAUUGCGGUUAUUUGGGUCGACGCACAUGCCGAUAUUAACACGCCUGAGACGAGCGAUUCAGGCAACAUUCAUGGUAUGCCCGUGUCGUUCUUGACGGGACUGGCGACGGAGGAGCGGGAAGAUGUGUUUGGCUGGAUUAAGGAGGAGCACAGGUUGAGCACGAAGAAACUGGUUUACAUUGGUCUUCGGGAUAUUGAUCGGGGAGAGAAGAAGAUUCUGAGGGACCAUGGCAUCAAGGCCUUUUCCAUGCACGACAUCGAUAGGCACGGUAUCGGCAAAGUCAUGGAUAUGGCGUUGGGUUGGAUUGGCAGCGACACGCCCAUCCAUCUCUCGUUUGACGUCGACGCUCUCGACCCCAUGUGGGCGCCUAGCACUGGUACUCCUGUCCGCGGCGGUCUGACUCUCCGCGAGGGUGACUUCAUCGCCGAGUGUGUUGCCGAGACUGGUCAGCUCAUCGCAUUGGAUCUCGUCGAGGUCAACCCCAGUCUUGACGCUGAGGGUGCUGGAGACACGGUCCGCGCGGGUGUUUCGAUUGUUCGUUGCGCGCUUGGUGAUACGCUUUUGUAA